AAUUUGAUGGUCCAGAAACUUCUACAAAGGUAGAAGAGAACGUGUAGACAUGAACACGCUGGCUAGUGGCUAUUAAGCAAAUGGCAGAAAAUGCAGUGCAAACAGAAAAUCGUCUGGCACAGCAAAUAGCUGAAAAUACAUCGCAGUUAAAGUCUUGCCUUACACAACAAAUGACUGAAAAUAAUACGCAGUUAGAAAAGCGUUUGGUACAACAGAUUACAGAAAAUACUACACAAGUACAAAAACAAGUGCAAGACAAAUUUUCAAAAUUUGAAGAGGAAUUAAGCACGUUAAAAAAUGAAGAAGAAAAUUUAAAAUCAGAAGUUCUUCAAUUGAGUAAUCGGAUGCGAGAACUGCAACUGCAUGGCCCUGCACCAUCAACAAAUACCCCAAGAUUGAAGGCACCCACAUUCGAUGGAAGUAUUCCAUUUCAAAUUUUCAAACUUCAGUUUGAAAAGACAGCAAUGGCCAAUAACUGGAAUGCAGCGGACAAAGUAGCGUCCUUGUUUGUUUCAUUGAAAGGACCUGCAGCAGAAAUACUUCAGAUUAUUCCAGAUUGUGAACGGGACAACUAUGAGGCAUUGAUGAGUGCGAUAGAAAGACGAUAUGGUAGUGAGCACCGGAAACAAAUAUACCAGAUCGAACUGCAAAAUAGGGGUCAGAAGAUAAACGAGUUUGCAAGAGUUCGCAACUGAAAUAAAACGACUGGCUCAUUUGGCAAAUGCAGAUGCACCUGUGGAUUACGUUGAGAGGGUAAAAAUUCAAUGUUUCAUAAAUGGAAUUUGUGAUGUGGACACCAAACGCGCCACAUAUGCAUUGCCAAAAAGAACUUUUGCUGAAACGGUUUCGCACGCCCUCACACAGGAAACAGCUUCUCUACUAAGUAAACCAGCACACAAAGUACAAAGAGUUGAAAUGGAACAACCAGCGCUGAUGGAAGAAAUAUUGAAGACUCUGAAGACAAUUGCUGCACAGCGAGUAAAUACAACAGGCAAGUGUUUCAACUGUGAAAAAGCGGGUCACUUUGCCCGAAAUUGCAAUAUAAAAGUAAACCCAUCAAAACGGAAACAACCAACAGAUAACGGGGACAGAGUAUCCACAUGUCACAAGUCGUUGAAGUAAAACGGAACAGUUCAAAGGGGCGUGAACUGGUUCCCACAACUAUUUGCCCCGCAAUCUCGAUAUCACAAAUAGGUCGCCAUGACAGCAAUCUUACUAUCAACGGUAUCGUAAAUGGGCGACUGUCAACGCUUACUUUGGAUACUGGUGCCACACAUUCAAUUAUCCGACCGGACGUGGUAAGAGGAACAGUUGAACCAUUAGUCGGUUGCAAGCUUCGAACGGCCACCGGGGAGGAAGCAGCUGUUGCGGGAAAAGUGUUUUGCGAAGUGAUGAUUGGUACCCUGGUAGUUAAUCACACCUUCAUCGUAGCAGAAAUCACGGAUGAAAUUAUAAUGGGAGUAGAUUUCAUGAUUGAUCACGGGGUUACUUUGAAUUUAAACAAGCAAAUGCUGUUUUGUCAGAACAUGGAGAUGCCUAUAAACACCGGAUAUGUGACUAACGUUGAAAGUAAGAGGGUGAUUGUUGAUGAUAAUCAGAGUAUUCCACCAAAAUCUGAGGCGAUUGUAUGGGCUAAAGUGAAUGGAGGAGGUGGGACUGAAGAAUUGUGGAUUGUGGAACCAACAAAAAUAGAUACACCCAUAUUGGUAGGAACAACGCUUGUGAAAACUAGAGAAGACGCCACCAUUCCGGUCAGAGUAGUGAAUGAAUUCAACACGCCUAUAAGUCUGAAGAAAGGAGCAGUAAUUGGACAGUGCCAGAACAUAAGUGCAAUAGCACGAUGCGAACGGUCACAACAGAAGCCUACGAUUGAGCCACAGCAGAUAAGUCCAACACUCCUAAACAAUUUGCUGAACGAACUGCAUGGAAAUGAAAAAUUGAAAGCAGAAAAACUAUUAGAAAAAUACGCAUCCAUAUUUGCAAACGAAGGAAACAACACAGGAAGAACCGGCAUUGUCAAACAUCGCAUAAAUACCGGAGACGCCAAACCAAUCCGACAAGCUCCGCGUAGGGUUCCACUAGCAAAACGUGAGGAUGCUAACAAAAUUAUUGAAGACAUGCACAAAAACGGUGUAAUCGAACCUUCAAUAAGUCCAUGGAGCUCACCUAUCGUCUUAGUUAAAAAGAAAGAUGGUAGCACCCGUUUCUGCGUAGAUUAUAGGAAGUUAAAUGAUGUCACAAAGAAAGACAGUUAUCCUCUACCGAGAAUCGACGAUACAUUAGACACCUUGUCCGGAGCGAAAUGGUUUUCUACAAUAGAUCUACAAAGUGGAUAUUGGAAAGUCGAGAUUGAUGAAUGUGACCGUGAAAAGAAUUCUCUGUGAUGCCAUUUGGGUUAUGUAAUGCGCCUGCAACGUUCGAGCGACUGAUGGACAUGGAAAAAAGUUUUGAUGAUCAUCUAAAAAAUCUAGAGGAAGUCUUUCAGCGAAUAGCAUCAGCCGGAUUACGGUUGAAUCCCAAAAAGUGUUCAUUAUGGAAGACGCAGGUCACAUAUGUCGGACAUAAAGUGUCAACCGAGGGGAUUCACACCGAGGAAGGAAAAAUAAAAGUAGUUAAAGAGUGGCCUCGACCCACCAACAUACAUGAACUCCGCAGCUUUUUCGGCUUAUGCACGUAUUACCGCCGUUUUGUACCUGGAUUUGCGAACGUGGCUAGAAGUUUACAUGAUUUAACAAAGAAGAAUCGCCCGUUUGUAUGGCAGUUGGAACAAGAAAAAGCGUUUGAGCAGCUUAAAGAACUACUUUGUACGGCGCCGAUGUUAGCUUAUCCAAUACCUGGAAAGAAAUUCAUCUUGGAUACAGAUGCGAGCGCUUAUGGAAUUGAAGGUGUCCUGUCUCAGCUCGUCGACGGACAAGAAAGAGUAAUUGGGUAUUACAGCAGAGUGCUCGGGAAACCAGAGAAAAACUACUGUGUGACGCGAAAAGAACUACUAGCUGUGGUGGAAUGUGUAAAACAUUUCCACAAGUAUUUGUAUGGGCAACGAUUCUUGCUGAGGACUGAUCAUGAUCAUUAAGAAUCCGGAAGGUCGAAUUGCACGAUGGAUUGAAAGAUUACAGAAUUACGACUUCGAAACAGAACAAGGAAAGGGGAUUCACCAUAAAAAUGCGGAUGCAUUAUCACGUCGCCCUCGUUCACUGGAAUGUAAACAUUGCUCCAAAUCAGAAGGAAAAGAAGGUAUAAUCGACGUACGAUUACUGAAUAUAGAACCUGAAGAUGAUUGGACUCCUCACCGCAUCAGAAUCAAUCAGCUGGAGGACCCUGAUCUUGCAAAGCUGAUAAUAGUCAAAGAAAAUGGGGUACGACCAACAAAGGAACAAAUAAGUAGCGAGAGUCCAACUGCAAAAGCAUAUUGGGCCCAAUGGAACAGCAUAAACCUCGUUAAUGGAUACCUUCAUCGUACCUGGGAAAGCGAAGAUGGCAAACAGUCUCGUCUGCUGAUCAUAGUACCGAAGUCUAUGAUCCCGAAAGUAUUGAAAGAAUAUCACAAUGGACCUAGUGGAGGGCACCUUGGAAUUACAAAAACUAUAGAGAAGAUUAAACAACGGUUCUACUGGAUUGGUUGUCGAGAUUCCUUAGCAGAAUGAAUAAGUAAUUGUGCAAAGUGCAUGGCAGCUAAAGGUCCCAAAGUCAAAAGUCGCGGUAGGCUGCAACAGUACAACGUGGGAUCACCAUUUGAACGAGUCGCAAUGGAUGUUGCAGGUCCGUUCUCAACCAAUACGGCCGGAAACAAAUAUCUACUGGUUGUCAUGGACUAUUUCAGUAAAUGGCCAGAAGUAUAUGCCUUACCAAACCAAGAAGCGAAAACAGUAGCCGAAGCGUUUUGUAGAAAAUUGGAUAACGAGGUUCGGAGUGCCUGUCGAAUUACACUCAGAUCAAGGCAGGAAUUUCGAAUCUUCCAUUUUCCAAGAAGUCUGUACAUUAUUGGGCAUCCACAAGCACGGACAACAGCGUUACAUCCACAAUCAGAUGCGAUGGUAGAGAGAUUCAACCGAACGCUCGAAGAACAUCUGCGGAAAAUCGUUGAUAAAGAUUAACGGAAUUGGGACAAGUACAUCCAGAUGUUCCUGCUGGCGUAUCGUUCAGCGAAGCACGAGACAACUGGUUACACGCCAGCGAAGAUCAUUUUCGGAUUUCAUCUGCGACUCCCUGCUGAUCUUAAGUUUGGAACGAAUCCUGCAGCUGUAAGAAAUGAUGGAGAUUAUUGCUCUGCCUUAAAGGAGAAAAUGAAUGAAUUGCAUCUAAUGGUAAGGCAGCACACGCAUCUGAUAAGCAAUAAGAUGAAGGAUCGGUUUGAUCAAGCGGCAAAUUCAAAGGGCUUUGAAGAAGGUGAUCUGGUCCUGUUGUACAAUCCACUUCGAAAGAAAGGCUUGUCCCCGAAAUUGCAGACAGCCUGGGAAGGGCCCUAUAUGGUGAUAAAACGACUUAAUGACGUGGUAUACCGCAUACAAAGAAAUGGAAAAGCACGAUGUAAAAUGAAAGUAGCACACUAGAAGAGGCUCGCCCCAUUUGGUUCAAGAGGAUUUGUACCUAAUCGGGACGAUUAGGCAUAAGUGGAGGGCAGUGUUACAGAAGUAGUAUUAAGUUUGAUAUUUGUAUUGCUAUAUACAUACAUCCCUUAUUAUAAGCAUUUGGCGCCGCGGCUGUCAGCUUGUCUACUUAAACAAUAGCUGCAUUUGGCGCCGUAUAGCAUUAUGUUCUUAUAAUUGCCAGACGCAAUAUUCUAGAAGGACACUUCGGCAUCAGCGAGAAGUGCGUGGCUAUAUAAGCCGUGGCAGCGCCAACGUAAUCAUCCAGUGCUAAGAGUAAACUGCUAUAGUGUAGACAAAUUUCGUAAUAAAGAGAUUUUGUUGAAUUAAACGGUUUUUGGUUUUAUUUGUCACUCCAGAGAUACGAACCUAGUAAAGUAAACUAGCAAGCAGUAAAAUCGCAACAAUAUGAUACAUUUUGAACAAACAAUUUUGUUUUAUGCAGUUUUUAACAGUGCUUUAUAUAUAUCCCUUUCCGGCCUAUAGCAAAUCUACUUAAUAAAAUUUGUUUCUCUUUUAGGUCCUAUUACUUUGGUCAUUGUAGAUAAUAACCAAUACGUUCGUUUUUUGAAAUUUUCAGUUUAUCCUUUAUUUCUAGGAUACGCACAAUUGUUGCAAAUAAAAAAAAUGUGCAUACAUAACUCGAAAUGUUCUUUAAUUCAAUUUUAUUUUUAUUAUAUUUAUUAUUUUUCUGUGUGAUAUUUCAUAAAACAAGUUUGUCUUUUAUUUAAACAUAAAUAAAUUUGGCAUUUGGAACAAAAUGUGCGUGUCCGAGAUCUACAACCAACAAGCCUACAGCAUCUUGCGGAUGACAAAUCAUGCUCAAUUGGCCAGUGGUUGAAUCGAUCAAGCCUCUUAUCGUUGCAUGGCUGGGAAGAUGGACGAUAUCUUUUUGCAAAACCUUGAGUUUCUUCUUCCUCGGUGUCGGAUUCAUACUCAGCAUGUGUCCUUUUCUCAAUAGCGAUCAGUUGUUCAGCUAAAGCUAAUUUAAAACUUAGCAGGACAUGAGAAUCUGCCCGAGAUUUCGAGUUUAUUUUGCUAUGAUCUCUAUAUUGUAGCUAAGCGUUACAGCAAACAAGAUCAAUGAAGUGUAUGAAAACUUUCAUAGUCCAUUUCCGCGUCCUGAAAAAUGAGCGAUAUGCCUCCAUUAACUGAUCACAAAUAUCCACGCCUGCCAUCGAUUUGUUGUAUUCUCUUACUAUCCUUGGGGCUGGAACUUCAACAUACCUUUUUUCUUUUUUUUCCCAGCGUUUAACAUUGGAAACCGGUCCACAACCAUAAGCUGAUGAUGCCAGGAUUACCGCUUUAGAAUCUUUCCACUGCACCACGACAAUAUUGUCUUCGCUAUGACAAAAUUCUUCCAUAUCGCCCCUUUUCAUUUGUUUUUCAUUGGUGAGGUGGAUAUUUUUUAUUCUGUUUCUCAUUAUUGUCCCAGUGGCAUAAAUACCACGACUUAAAAGCGUCUGAAGAAGCGGUAUUGUCGUAAAGUAGCGAUCAAAAAAAACUUUUGAACCUUCUGGCAGUGUUUCAACCAAACGCAAAACGAAGGCUGGUCCUAGACCCAAGUUCGUAAGUGGUGUUGUCUUUCCUUGAUACAUUUCAAAAUCAAGCACCAGACCUUCAGAUGUUGUUAAGACUUCAUUCUUCAAUCCCACUCCUCCUGGUUUGUUAGGGAGACUUUGUCGAACAGGACAACGGCGAGUGAAUGAGAUUAUUUGUUGGUCUAUAGAAUAAUUAUCGCCUGGCUUUCUGGGAAGGCUUCGACAAGCUGAUCUAAUAACUUCAAUCAAAGGUUUUAUUUUCCAAAAGAUAUUGGAUUGUUUCUCUUCUUCUGUUACUUCAUUGGCGUCCACAACAUGGAGACACAUUCCUUUCGUAAGCAUAUGGUACCUGUUUGUGUACUCCACUACUCUUUUUAAAAAAUCGUCAUUGAAAUAAGCAGAGAAAUAAUGUUUACGAGACUCCAAAGUUACGUUAAUUUCCGCAGAUUGAGAAACACUCUCUUCCAAUUGUAUAUCAAAAAGUCUUUUCCUCCAAAUAUCACGGCGUUUGGCGUUUUCAGUGACAUUUUGUGGUGUCUCCGUAGCGUUAAUUUCGUGAUCGUCUUCGUCACUUUGAUCGUCUAAAGUUUCAUCUCCCACAGAAGGUAGUUCCCAAGUCGCAUCCACAAGCUCGUCAUCGCUACAAAAAUCCUCUAAAUCCGACUCCAAUAGUGCACUAAGUAUUUCGUCUUCAGUGAAUUGCUCUAAAUGAAAAAACAAAGAUCAUAUUCAUAUUUCGUUAAAUAAGUCCUGACACGCACAAUUGUAUCACUUGAAACAAAACAGUCUAAAAAACACUUGAAGUUACAAAAUAAAUACUGAAUGCCACUUUUUAAUUAAAACUUGUUCUGUUUUGAUUGAGAUUACACAUUUUUGAUAAUGAUUUUAACUUUUUAAACAAGUCAAAUAAUUUAUCAUACUUACUCCUCCGACUCAUUUUUGCAAAUGAUUGAAAUGCAAUAUUAAAAUAGCAAAAUUCACCAAAACUAACGGACUCCGAAAACGGUCCGUUAUGUUUUUUAUUACGCAAACAGCUCACACAAUUGUGCUAUUCAGGUCUCAUUAUAAUAGGGCAGAUAUUGAAGGAGAUAAUAAAAUUUAAACGCACACGCACAAUUGUGCGUACACGGUCGGAAAGGGAUAUACAUUAGAGUGGGUAAAUUUUUUUCUUCACAAAGCGGUUUUCAAAAUCGUAAACUGCGAUGAAUUCUAAGAAAAUUUGCCCAAGAAACCAUGGGUCUAAAAUGAAAAUCGAGCUUCCGGUUUUUAGCGAGAAAAUUUCGUAUAUUGUAUUUUGUAAAAAAAGAAAAAUCCAAUUCCUAUUCCACUGUCGAUUGUUUGCUUGUUUUGUAGCUAUCGAAGCUAAUUUCCUCAAAUUUGGUAUAUGAUUUGGUUGAUGUUGAUGUUUAAGCAGAAAAUUCGACAGUACAGAAAUUUUUAAUAGGGGGCGUGGCAUUGCCCACUUAUGAGUUCAUAUGUAUAUCUCUCCAACCACAAUAUCAAUUACACAAUACCUACUAAAGGGAUAUCUGGAAAAUGAUCGAAAUCGGAUAAUAACCACGCCCACCUCCCAUACAACGGUAAUUUUUGAAUACACUAAAGAUUGGAAAUUUUAAUAACUGUUGAAGAGAAACAUCUUGAGUUUGGUAUUCGGUGUUGUAUUGCAGCCAGAAAUCCGACUAUAUGAAAAUUUUGGCAUGUCACCGCCCACUUUUGAGUGCAUUUGUAAAUCUCUGGAACUACUUUAUCGAUUUCGUCUAAAUUUGGUACACAUUUUAGAUUGUACCUAGUUAGGUGAGAUUAUUAAAAUGAUUAAAAUUGAGCAAAAACUACGGCCACCUCCCAUAUAACGGUAUUUUUCUGUACAGUCACUGCUUUAUGUUUUCGACUCUAGUAGUUGGUACUGUUUUCUUUUUCAUUUAUUAAAAAAAUCAAAUCAUUCCAAUUUCUGUUACACUGUCGAUUGUUUGUUUGAUUUGCACUUGUUUUCUUUUUUUUUAAGAGAAAGCAAUGCAACGCUGAUGAAUUACUAAUAAAACAAUUGUUUCCGAAACUAUCGUUUUAAAUUAUUUUGAUACAAUAUUACAGUUAGAAGGUUUUACUCAAGGAAGAAGUGUGUGCCUCUGAUUUUCGCGAUUCUAACAUUUUAAAGCAAAACUUAAGCUUCUUUUAAUUAUAGAGUCAUCUCCUAUAUCAAUUAGUUCUUGUGCUAAUGAUAUUACAUUAUCCAAUCUAUCGGAAUCAAAUUUGGUGCAUAUGCCAGAUCCAAAUUUUAGUGCUUUUGGUUUGCCAAGUGAUUUAUACGAACUAAGGUCCUGGCGGAUACUGUUGAUUUGGAUUUGGCUCCAACAGCUACUGAAUAUUCAUCUUACCGGCCUGACUUAUCAGAUAUGGACGUAGAUGAAGAUCUUGUGUUCAAAAUACCAAAUGCAGAAAGACCAAUUGUUAUUAAGCGCGACCCGUAUAUGAAAAGGCAUGAUACCCCCAAUUAUGCUAUGAUGUGCGACAGAUUUGGUGUGUCAAACAGAGUUGAUGCGCGUUUGGCUACGGCACUUUUUAAAGAUAUAGAUUUCAAAGACGACAAUGGGGAACUUAUUAUUGUGGACAAAUGUAAAGUAGCGCGAGAAAAGAAAAAAAUCAGGGAUUCCGUGCGUCAAAAACCAUGCAGGGAUUCCAGCGUGCUGGCAUUCUCAUUUGAUGGCAGAAAAGAUGAAUCAUUGACAAUGGAGAAGGUUAAUCAUAAGCUUCACCCAAAAGUGGUUAAAGAAUCUCACAUCGUGGUUGUGCGAGAACCUAAAACCGAACUCUUGGGUCAUUUAACACUCAAUGCUGAGGACGCUGGUACAAAACAAAAGAUGCUAUAUGACUUCUUUGUUAAAAAGAACUUAGCUCUUUUCGACCUGGUUGGUAUUUGCUGCGACGGUGAAGUGAGCAAUACUGGCACGGAAAACGGCAUAUUACGACGGUUUGAAGUACUGUUAGGCAGACCAUUGCACUGGUUUGUUUGCUUGUUACAUUUUAAUGAGUUACCUUUUCGCCACUUAUUUUGCGCGCUAGAAAAAUCAACUACAAGUGGACCGCGAACUGACAGUGGAGCUCUGACAAAAUUGAUGGAAACCUGUAAACAGAUUCAGGUUGUACCCGACUUUCAGCGUAUUUUGCUGGGGAAUAUGCCUCCUUCCUUGUCGUCAGAACAGGAAGAAACUCUUUCAACGGACGCUAAGUACUUGUAUCGGAUAGCCAACGCGAUUCAUAACGGUUCCUGUCCUGAAGAUUUAGGCAACGUGAAACCUGGACCCAUCGUUCACUCUCGUUGGUUAACCAAAGCUAGUAGACUUCUGCGAUUGUACGUAACAACAAAUUCACCAUCCGAAAAUUUAAGAAUUUUAGCAACGUUUGCCAUGAAAGUUUACGUACCUAUGCACUUUAAUGUUAAGUAUUACAACUCGGUAAUAUAUGGCAGUUCACUCUUAUGUAAAUAUAUUUGUUCAACGCAAUAUUUACCACAAAAUCUGCGCGAAAUUGUAAAUAAUGUUGUUCAAAAUAACUCAUAUUUUACACAUUCAGAAAAUGUUCUACUAACAAUGCUUUUUGAUGCCAGAAAGGAAGUGCGCCAGGGGGCUAUAAAAAAAAUGUUGUACUAUCGUGAAAAACUUUACGACCCAACAAAAUUAAGAGCUUACAAAAAACCAACUAUAAAUUUUGACUGCACUGAUUAUGUUGAGAUGAUAAACUUAGAUAACAAUAGCAUUUUGUCGGAGCCGCCCUUCACUGCAAACAUACCCUAUGACCAUUUGCUCGAAUACAUAGAAUUUGACAAUCCUCCACUACCGGAUCCACAAAUUCCUCCACAUAUUCAAGGAACCGAGCGCUUUGUGCAACUGCUGACUAGCGUUUCACGUCGAACUAUAGAAAAAAAAUCGCGAUGGUGUUGUGGCAGUCACGGUUGCAAGUCGAAACGCAACAUCUAGGAUGGACAGCAAACAAGAUCUUAAAACUAAUUAAUUCUGAACUUUAAAAGUAUACGAGUAUUAUAUUUUGUUUGGCCCUUAACAGUUAAGUUUUUGCUUUAUAUAUAGAUAUAAAAUGAUAUUGUUAACUGCAAUACGAUUUCGCGGAAGAUUAAAGCUAUUAAAGUUUGAAAUUUUAUUUAUUAUUAUUUUAAUUUUUAUGGGUGGAUAACGACCAUACCACGCUGAAUACAUCGGUUCUCGUCCGAUCUCCGACGCUUUUUAAAAUCCGAUCUAAAUACUAUUAUUUUACAAAUAUCGAAUUUAUUUUUAAGGGUCACAACGUUUUAUUUCUUAAAACCCAUGAGCUUUUACAUUUCCAGUGUAUUGAUGAUUUAAUGGCCAAUUUCAUAAAAAACUUUUUUAACAUUAAUCUAAAUAUCAAAAUUAAACCGUUAUCUA